AUGUCGACCAUCAGCCCUACCUUGAUCGAAGUCAGAGACUUUGCAAUUGGUCCUGACUUAUACCGCCGACGCGCGUCUGACUUGAGCGACUGGGAUGACCUCAUCGAGUAUACGUUCAACGCCUUCAACCGCGAUGAACGCUACUUCAGACUGCACUUCCAUUUCUCUCGGGAAACACAUUGUGUGGAGGACGAACUGUUGACGAAGGAGGACUGGAAUGACGGUAUCUAUUUCGUCGGCGCCAACAGACUAUUCUAUGCCCAUUUCGUCACGAGGGCUCGACAUGAACCUCGAGGUUACUACCGGAGGAGGGAGCCUUCACCGUCACCAGUCAGCCCCACGCCUGAGCCUGGGUCGCCGGUGGUACCUUGGACUAUGCCUCCACUACCGCCUAUGAACGAGCAAGGGGUUUACGAGUAUCCUCCGUCGAACGAUACACCAGCUGCAGCUGCUCCCGCACCUACACGUCGUCCAGCAAUACGUCCUGGAGGUGGACCUCGACGUGGACUUGCACGUGGCCGCGGACGUGGACGCGCACCACAACCCGCUCAACGCACAGCACCUCGCCCUGUACCACCACCGGCUCAACCUGUUCCAGCCAUCCGUCGACCAGCAUCCCAGCGACCAAACACCAACUCGACCAAUGUAUACACCAUUGGUCCACCAAUACCGGCUGAUCGAUACCCAAACUCAAGGUACUUCUCCUCACCUUUCACCUUCAUCCCCUUACAGCCUGCUCCGCCUCGACCACGAACACAUGCUCAACAGUACAGGGCCCCUCUUCCAAGUUCAGACACACCGGUAGCUAGACCUGCGGCUGCGACAUACACUUCGGCAGUACCCGUUCGUGCACCUGCUGCGCCAAUGUUGCCUCCCCGACCAGCUGUUCGCCAACCGGCUGGUGGAUCAACGUCUCGUCUGCCGACUACAGGCAGUUCAAGCGGGCAACCAAUCGAGAUCUCGUCUGCAGAGGAGUCGUCAAGCGAUGAUUCUAGCAUGGAUAUAGACUCCAAUCAGCAUCCGGGCUCCCAUCAGCCCACCGCACCCUUACCGCCGCCACCGGUGCAGGACGAGGAUAAGAUGGAACUAUCCGACGACCCCAUAUCCGAUUCCGACGCGCAAAACACUCCCCUACCCCCACCAACGUUCGAUGAGUACGCAGACCUACAGUACCCCGUCGUCCGACCGUCACCCGGACCACGAUACGAAGGCCAAACCGACGAUGAAGAAGAGGAUCUUACCCUCCAAUCCCCACUCUACCCAAUUCCGGAAUUCGAAGAGAGACCAGAUGAUGAGAACGAAGACCUCACCCUCCAAUUACCACUCUACCCAGGUUCUGAGUUUGAGCAACCACCAGAUGAGGAAGAGGAACAAGACCUCACCCUCCAAUUCCCACUAUACUCCAAUUCCGAAUUCGACCACCCACCAGCCGAUCACGUUGAAGACGAGCAAAUGUCCAUCGCCCCCACGUCACCAGGCUCAGGCGGCCUCUUCGUGCGCGACGAGACAGAAGCACAGAACUUUGAGGCGGCGUUGGCGUGGGAGGACGAUGGUACGCAGCAGUCCGUCGCCGAAUCUGAGCUUGGACGAGAAGAGGAGGAUGCGAUGACGUUUAUCGCGUCUCCUUCUGCUGCACCUUCGUCGGCUGUGCCUACUUCGGCGGGUACGGGGCUGUUUGUGUCGGAUGGGAGUGAGACGAGGGGCUUUGCCGGGGCUUUGGAGUGGGAAGAGGAUGAUGGGGAUGAUGAUGACGAUGAGGAGAUGGAAGAUGAAGGGGAGGGUGGUGUGGAGGUUAGGAGGCGAUAA